AUGCCUACCUACAACUCCUAUGGGACGAUGGAGAAACGGAGCUCCGACGAACGCUCAAGCUGCCGCUCCGACCACGACAUCAAAAUGAACGAAAUCCACGUAAGGCGCUUAUCCAACGCCUCGGACUUCGGCCAAAGCCCCCUCGGCUCUUGCGGCUACGACCUGGAUCUCGAGGAAGUCUCAAUUGGGCGACCCCCCGUCGUAGUAGACUUCGAGCUCGGUGCCCUCAGAUGCGACAAGUGCGUCAAAGAGGACGAGAGUAAGGCCAUGGCGUGA